AUGAAUGGUCUGCCGUCUCUCGGUGAGAAGUUCAAGAUCAUUGACCUCCCCAUAUACCCGUCGGAAUUUGCCAACCGGGAAGUGAUUAACGCGCUCCGCAGUCGGGGACGGAUGUUCUGGGAAUGCCGCACCAGAAAGUAUGUGUCAUAUAUGAACACCGAUGCAGCUGAUGGAACGCAGGAUAUCGCAGACUCCCGAUACAUGAUCGACAUCGCCACUUAUAAGCAAAUGCAUCGUAACAAAGAGCCAGAACGAUUCGUUGCUAGAGACGGCGCCGAGACUGAGGAUGAACUCGCAUCCGAGCACAUGGCAUGUGAUAAUCCAAAGCUAGGAGACGACUUUUUCAUGUGCCUCCCUCCUGCAAUACCGGGCUUCAACAUGCAGAAGAAAGAAUGGAUGGUCCUCUUGGACGAAGCAGAUGUAUUCCUGGAGCAGCGCUCUCUCGUCAACCUUGAGCGUAAUGCACUCGUGUCCGUCUUUCUUCGUGUAUUGGAGUAUUAUGACGGGGCUCUCAUUUUGACGAGCAAUCGUAUGGGCACUUUUGAUGACGCAUUCAAGUCGCGAAUUCAGCUCAACUUGAGGUACAAAUCCCUCGAUGAAAACCAACGGCUGCAAAUUUGGAAGAACUUCCUGGAGCGACUCGAGGGGCUUGAAAAGAACCGUCUAGGAGGCGACGCUUAUAGCUGUGGAAUCGACAUGAAAGAGAUCAAGGGUGAGGUAGAAGUCCUGGCCAAAGCGGAACUCAACGGGCGUCAAAUUCGAAACGCCAUCUCGACCGCGCGCAAGUUGGCCACCUAUAAGCGCGAACCUUUGGGGGCCAGCUGUUACGGCACAAGAUAA